AUGAGAGGUUCCGAGGAUGCGGCAGCUGGAACAGUAUUACAGCGGCUGAUCCAGGAACAACUGCGGUAUGGCACCCCGACCGAGAACAUGAACUUGCUGGCCAUUCAGCACCAGGCCACAGGGAGCGCAGGACCAGCCCACCCUACAAACAACUUUUCUUCCACGGAAAACCUCACUCAAGAAGACCCACAAAUGGUCUACCAGUCGGCACGCCAGGAACCGCAGGGUCAAGAACAUCAGGUGGACAAUACGGUGAUGGAGAAACAGGUCCGGUCCACGCAGCCUCAGCAGAACAAUGAGGACCUGCCCACGUACGAGGAGGCCAAAGCCCAGUCGCAGUUCUUCAGGGGGCAGCAGCAGCAGCAGCAGCAGCAGCAGCAGGGAGCUGUGGGCCAUGGUUACUACAUGGCUGGAGGCACCAGCCAGAAGGCCCGGACUGAGGGGAGGCCCACGGUGAACCGUGCCAACAGCGGACAGGCGCAUAAGGACGAGGCACUGAAAGAACUGAAGCAGGGCCACGUCCGCUCGCUCAGCGAGAGGAUCAUGCAGCUGUCACUGGAGAGGAAUGGCGCUAAGCAACACCUCCCUGGCUCAGGGAAUGGAAAGGGGUUCAAGGCGGGAGGGGGACCCUCCCCAGCCCAGCCUGCAGGCAAAGUGCUGGACCCUCGAGGUCCUCCACCUGAGUACCCCUUCAAGGCCAAGCAAAUGAUGUCCCCAGUCAGCAAGACCCAGGACCAUGGACUUUUCUACAGUGACCAGCACCCUGGGAUGCUCCAUGAGAUGGUCAAGCCUUACCCCGCUCCUCAGCCUGCCAGAACAGAAGUGGCUGUCCUGAGGUACCAGCCACCCCCGGAGUAUGGGGUAACGAGCCGCCCAUGCCAACUCCCGUUCCCGUCGACGGUGCAGCAGCACAGCCCCAUGUCCUCCCAGACCUCCUCCGUCAGUGGACCGCUGCACUCUGUCCCCGUGCCACUUCCGCUGCCCAUGACCCUGGCGGCCCCACAGCCCCCGCCUGCCGCCUCCCCCAGCCAGCAACUCGGGCCAGAUGCAUUCGCCAUUGUGGAGCGAGCCCAGCAAAUGGUGGAAAUACUAACAGAGGAGAACCGGAUGCUUCACCAGGAACUUCAGGGUUACUACAACAAUGCGGACAAGCUCCACAAGUUUGAAAAAGAACUUCAGAGAAUUUCGGAAGCCUAUGAGAGUCUGGUCAAGUCUACCACCAAGCGAGAGUCUCUGGACAAGGCGAUGAGAAACAAACUGGAAGGCGAGAUUAGAAGACUUCAUGAUUUCAAUAGAGACCUCCGAGAUCGACUGGAGACUGCCAACAGACAACUAUCCAGCAGGGAAUACGAUGGGCAUGAAGACAAAGCUGCAGAGGGGCAUUAUGCUUCCCAGAACAAAGAAUUCUUGAAGGAAAAGGAGAAGUUAGAGAUGGAGCUAGUGGCAGUGCGGACUGCAAGUGAGGACCAUCGGAGACACAUUGAGAUUCUGGACCAGGCUUUGAGCAACGCCCAGGCCAGGGUCAUCAAGCUGGAAGAGGAGUUAAGAGAGAAGCAAGCAUACGUGGAGAAAGUGGAGAAGCUGCAGCAGGCCCUGACCCAGCUGCAGUCUGCAUGUGAGAAGCGAGAGCAGAUGGAGCGGAGGCUGCGGACCUGGCUGGAGAGAGAGCUGGAUGCACUGCGAGCCCAGCAGAAACAUGGGAAUGGCCAGCCAGCCAGCAUGCCGGAAUACAAUGCUCCAGCCCUCCUGGAGCUCGUGAGGGAGAAGGAGGAGCGGAUCCUGGCCCUGGAGGCCGAUAUGACCAAGUGGGAGCAGAAGUACCUGGAGGAGAGCACCAUCCGCCACUUCGCCAUGAAUGCCGCAGCCAGCGCAGCAGCCGAGAGGGACACCAACAUCAUCAACCAUUCUCGGAACGGCAGCUAUGGCGAGAGCUCGCUGGAGGCCCAUAUCUGGCAGGAGGAGGAGGAGGUGGUGCAGGCCAACAGGAGGUGUCAGGACAUGGAGUACACUAUUAAAAAUCUCCAUGCCAAAAUCAUAGAGAAGGAUGCCAUGAUUAAGGUCCUUCAGCAGCGAUCCCGUAAAGAUGCCGGGAAGACGGAUGCCUCGAGCCUGCGGCCCGCCCGCUCGGUCCCGUCCAUUGCAGCAGCCACCGGGACACACUCCCGCCAGACCUCCCUCACCAGCAGCCAGCUGGUGGAAGAGAAGAAGGAAGAGAAGGCCUGGAAGGGGAGCAUAGGGUUGCUGCUGGGGAAGGAGCACCACGAACACGCUUCUGCCCCCCUGCUGCCAUCCCCACCUGCCUCCACACUGUCACCUACAGCCUCCGCCACAUCGGCCAGCAGCGCCCACGCUAAGAUGGGCAGCAAGGACAGCAGCACCCAGACGGACAAGAGUGCUGAACUCUUCUGGCCCAACGUGGCCUCCCUCCCCAACCGCAGCAGGCUGAGCGCGACGCCUUCCAACAGCCCCGUCCUGAAGCACCCCGGGGCCAAGGGGACUGCGGAGAAGCUGGGUAAGCUCCGAGGAGCAGAAGAUUACACGGGUCCGUGUGACAUCUUGCAUUAG